AUGUUCCCCGCCCGUUCGCCGCGCACCGCACCGAGCGCGCCACACGCAUAUACGGCAUACGGCCCCACGGCCACGCUGCGACCGGAUCGCUCGGACACGCCGCGAACGAGGGAAGGAAGUGAAGUGCGCGCCCGGCGGCUCUCGCGACCGGGGCCCGCCGACAGUUAUGUGAGGAGAGGCGGCCGGCCGCGUACGCGUAGCACCGAACGGUCGGGGGCGGGCACGCCGGCGCGGAGCGGCUCGGCCGGGCCGUCGCGGCGCCCGUGGCGGGCGGCGGCACAGGCAGACAUGUCCGCGCCGCGGGCGGAGCGAGUCGCGCGGCCGAGCGCGCGC